UGUUUCCAUGGCAACACACAACAUAAAGAGUAGGCCUACGGGGACAGUGGAGACACCUGAACAAUGUCUCACCAAGUUUUUAUGAGCAGUCUUUCUAAGGAGGAGCAGGACCUGUACGAUAUAAAAAAUGCAGCUGCAGAGUUUUACCGGGUUAACAGAGUCCCCCAGGAGAUAGAGAGGGCUAUGAACGAGCUCUUCUUCCACAAGCCCGAAGACGUUCACGGUUACCUGGCAAAUUACUUUACAAACCUAUGUGCACCACCAAGGAUCAGCAGACUGAAGGGAAGGGAGGUUUAUGAUGCAAGAGGGCAACUAUCCAUUGAGGCAGAGGUCCUCUGCAUCGUCUGCAACAAGGAAAAGAGCAUGUCCUCAGCUGCUGUCUCUGGCCACUUUGGGCCUAAGAAGGCUUUACUGGAUUGGAAAGCAAAGAGUCAGGAGAGGGCUGACGAUGUGAUGACUGCUGCCCAGUGGAUCAAUGAACCUCUGAACAACAUGCUGAAGGGCCAAAACCCCUGUUACCAGUCCGAAGUUGACCAUAUACUCAGCAAUUUCUUCAUGGCCCGCCACCUGGAGGACAAAGACAUCUGUAACAAGCAGAAGGAGGAGAGUCGUUCGCCCUGCGAGCCCGUGGUGGUGCUAUCUUCUCCACUAAAUGCACAGACUAAAGACAAGAAGAGUGUUGAUAAAGGCAAAAAGAGCAUCACUGCAGAGAAGCAAUUUUCUCCUGCAGAGCCACCAGAACCAGUUUUGCCUGGGUGCUCGGCUAUUGGCUCAGUGUCUCUGGCUGUGGCCAAAACUGGGGCAAAGAUACAGGGUAUCCCUCUCUACAAAUACAUAGCAGCUUUGAAGAACAGAAAGGCUCCGAAACAGUUUCACAUCCCAGUGUCUUUGGUAACUUUGCUGAGCUGUGGGAAAGCUUCUCUUGGAAAAUUGAGUUUACUGGAGGAAGUCAUCCUGAUCCCCCAAGCUGGACAACGAGUGAAACAAAUCAUCACAAUGACCCUUGAGUUACAGAAGGAGAUGAUGAGAAUAAUGAACACUUCAACAAAAGCCGGGGCCUCCCAGGCAAUGCUGUGCGACAGUGGAGUGCUGGCUGUGACCUAUGAGCGACCCGAGCAACCUCUAGAUCUGAUCACUGAAGCCUGCGCUAACUUUGGACUGACACUGGGAACAGAGAUCCAUCUAGCAGUAAACUGUGCUGCCCCUGAACUAAUGGACUAUUCUAAAGGAAAGUAUGAAGUUGCAACAGGAGUUUUAAAGUCUCCGGAUGAAUUACUUGAUAUGUACCAAACCCUCAUCAGCAGAUACCCAGCAGUUGUGGCCUUAAUCGAUCCAUUUAGGAGAGAAGACAUAGACCAGUGGGAGAAGCUGAACAAUGUGCUUGGAGACUCAUGUUCGCUGCUCUCUGACAUCACCUACAAGUCAAAGGCCCCGUCCCUUCCGGGAGUCAGGGGUCACAUCUUAAAGCACAUUCAUGAGACAACAGUCAGUGAUCUGAUCCGCAUCACAUCAAAUCUCCAAGGUUCCGUGUUAAUGGGAACAACAUGCAGUGAGCCCUGCAGUGAUGACUCUUUGUCAGAUAUAGCUGUGGGUCUGGGCCUGGACUAUGUCAAACUGGGAGGUCUAAGCGGUGCUGAGAGGAUGACUAAAUACAACCGGCUGAUUUCUAUAGAGGAAGAGCUUGCCCAACAGGGAAUCCUGGCCUCCAACGAGAAGCACCCCCCUCCACUGUUCACUGAAAAACCACAGGAGCAGUCCGCUACUGCAGACUGACACGGCCUGAUCACAGCUUCUGUUUGAUCAAGAGAAUUUGACUGACAAUUCUUCAAAUCUGUGUCAGUGUUAAACAUUAUGUUUUACUUUCAGAAUUUAAUUCUGCUGUUAAUGCUUAAUGCCUGUCAGGAUUUCACUUAUAAAACCUGUUGAGUUGAUUUUAAACUAAGUGCAUUAAUCUAGUGUUACCAGUCUGGUUUAUUAAAAAAUGGGUAAAAAAAAUCAAUAUGAAGCUAUUCAGAGAGAGGCUAAGUGGGUAAACAUAACCUUCAAUAAAAACAUUUUUUUCAAACCCCAAACAUCUUCUGUGCUACU